AUGACAGACCAGGUGCAGCUCCGAAUUGCCAUCGUCGGCGCAGGCAUUGCCGGUCUCACGGCUGCCAUUGCGCUGCAGAGAUAUGUCAACAUUGACGUGCAUGUCUAUGAGCGUGCAACGGAGCUGCGUGAGAUUGGAGCGACCAUCGCACUUGGACCAAAUGGUCUUAAGACGUUGGAGAGGCUCGGGGUCAGCGACGUACUCGAUGAUUCUAUUGCGUUCCGCAACAAGUCGGGCCGCCCCAUGAUCUAUCAGUAGGUGGCCCUCCUGAGCCAAGAAUUUGGAGGUAUGGCGCAUCAUGCUGAUUUCCCAAAGGCAUUACCAAACAAACGAAACUGUGUCUGCUGACCUUCAUGUGGGAAAGGUCGAAGACAGACACAGGACAGCCCGCUUCUAUCGCCCUCACCUCCAGCGAGCGCUACUGAACCAUAUAGAACCAGGACGUCUUCAUCUCAGCAAGUCCUUUUCCUCGGUAUCGCGCGACAGCUCUUCUCAAGGCCUCAUUGUUACAUUCACAGACGGCACCAUCAUUGCGACAGACAUUCUCCUCGGCGCAGACGGAAUCCACUCCCCUGUCCGCCAGGCAUUUGUGCCAACGUCGGCCGCAAGAUGGACAGGCUACCUCACCUUCCGCUCCGUCUUCCACGCUCGCACGUGCAACACAUCUCGGACCUGCCUGAUGAGGCAGUCACAUCUGGGGUCCUGAUCGCUC